CCAGUUUUGAAAUAAUAGAAGUUGAUGAAAUGGUUGUACAUUGAAAAAAAUAAUUGCAUGCAACAGUGGAUGAACUUACAAAUCCAAUUUUACAUAAUAAUACAAUCAUUGAACAACACGAUCAGUUACACAAACCAAAGAUACAUAGAAGAAAGGAUGAUUAUUAACACAACUCCACAGAACUCACCAUAAACGUACGCCAUAUUGAAAUAGAAAAUAUAAAAGGAGUCGUCUAUGGAGUAAUGUAGAGUGUGAAAUGCGUGAUGGUCUCGACCCCAUCAGUCGUGUGCUGAUCCUCAUGUGGAAGAGUCUCGAUUGUAGCAUACCCCUUCACAUUCCCAUACUUGCCAGUCCCACCCACAAUAGCGAGAUGAGAAAUGGGAGUAGCCGUCCUGUGGACCCCAAAGAAGCUGACUGUAUCAUCACCGUCCACGUCAUCACCACCACCAUGGAAAAGCACAGUCAGCACGAGCGUGUGGGUUGUACCGUCAGACGAGCUAGUAAUGUAAAAUCCCUGAGCCCGACCAAGCACAGCUGUACCCAGCUCGUGCCCUUCGGUGAUCUCAUUAUCGACAACAGUGAUUGAGCCGAACAUGAGUUGCUGGAGGCUAAGGCCUCGAGGAAGCUGCCCAGCCGUGACAAAAGCCUGCUGCUGUUGUUGUUGCUGCUGUUGUUGGGUGUUGCCGUUGAGGCCGAUUAGGAAUGGAUAGUUGUUAUUGUUUAUGGCGCCGUUGAUUGUGUUUAGAGGGACUCCUCCGUUGAUGGGGAAUAUUUGGUUGUUGGCUUUUGAGAAAGGGAGGUUGUUGGCAUCUGAGUUGGCUACGACUCCGGUCACUACUCGGCCGGAGGGUCGUGAGCCGCCGAGGAUGUCGUGCAUGAAGAAGGUGAUUGGCGGUGGUGAUGUGGCGGAGGAAGGUGGUGAUACUGUGUGGGCUGGUGCAGGUGCUAUGAGUGGAUCUGCGGCCGACUCUGGUGCAUCUGUCAAAUUCCUCUUCCUCCGAGAACGGAAAAUAUCCAAUCACGUCUCUGGGUAAUUCGUGAUAUCCCAUUCCCUCGCAAAGGUAAAACUUCCUCAGUAAAUCCCAAUCCUCCGACGGCAGAAAUUGCCCAGUCUCUCCGCCGCCACGCGCCACCGAUUCAUAUCCUCAUCCUCUCCGAAGCUGCUGCGGCCGCCGACGUCGCUCGAAGACCGACGAACGACGUCGUACGGGGCCCCAUACUCCUCGUCCGUCCCACCUUCAUCUUCGCCGUCGAGGCGGAGGGAAUUGGCGAUAGACCGAGCCAGCCAUGACAUGUUCGUAUGGCGUCGUUUUACUGACUUGUCUGACCGGGUUGUCAGCGGCGAGGAACUCCUCCGAUCCGGUCUGCGCGCCGGCGAUUACUACGAGCAGCGUUAGGCGCGGGCCCUGGGUCUGAGUUUCAAGCUCCAACGAGGGAAAGGGUUCGGAGUGAGGAACAGCGGCGGAGGCCAUUGUGUGGCUGCGGGGCAUUUUCUUCGGCAUGAGGUGGUGCUCAGAGAUAAAGUGGUUUAGGGUACAAAUUUGGACCGAAGAGAGAAAAAACCGUCCUCAAAACGGCGUCGUUUUCAUCCAAUUUGCAGCCUUACACAUCUUAUCCGAUAGACAUUGAUAUUCUGUGGUGUUGGACAAUCACACAUCACCUAAUUAAACACACCAGCAGACGAACACAAAAGAUCUUCCCCAAACAGCUUAGCUUUCAUCGAGAUAUUUGCACAAUGGGUAGAGUCAGAGUUUGUAGACAGAGAGAAAAGACAUGACCCCUACUAACUCUCUACAUUCUUCUUCUUCUUCUGCAGUCAGCUUAAAUCUAUCACUGCCAUCCCAUGCACUGAUGAACAAUACGAGGUCGUCUACUUUUAUUAAUCCUCGUAUUCAAUUUGGACCUAAUAUCAAGCCUCAAAAUGCUUUCUUCUUUCAUUGUCUUCGAUCAUCCACCAUCUCCCUCCGAGUUGCAAAAGAGUCGAGUAGGACAGAUGUGUCCCCUGAUGAAAGAUCAGAGGCCGACAAGAUUGUGGACAGUAUGGAUUUUGGUGAGCUCUGCAAUGAGUUUGAGUGCAUUAGCAGCCCUUUGGUUGAAUCGAGUGCCAGACAACUCGUUCGCGACAUUCUUGAACUUCGCCAAGGCAAUCGGGCCAUUGGAACUUAUGCUGUUUCUGUUAGAUAUAAGGACCCAGUUCGAAGCUUUACAGGUAGAGAGAAGUACAAGAGACGGUUGUGGGCAACUGAUGCACUAGAGAAUCCCACCGUGAGUGUGCAGCAGAUGGUGAUGUUAUCAACAAGCUUGUUAAAUAUCAAGUGGACUUUGAAAGGAAAGCCCAAGUCUCCAAUUUUCUUUAUUGGUGGUGACUUGAUUGUCAAAGUGGACUCGAAAUUCACUCUGAAUCAAAUCAGUGGUCAAGUGAUCGAGCACGAAGAGUUAUGGGACUUGUCGUCAUCAUCCCUCGUUUCUCAAGCAUAUUUUUGGGCUUCGAGGAGGCUCUUUGCCUCAUUCGAAGUCUUAAACGAUUUUUCAGACUUCAUUAAGGAUCUUGCAAAUCGUGUGACGACAGAGAGCAAGAAUAUUGAAAUGUCUCCCGAUCCAAGCGGUGAUCCAACAAAGUUUUUCCAGAGGGAUGAAAGCUUUCAGAGAGAUCUGUACCAGAUUGCCCUGUUUCUAGCAAUUGUAUAUUUUGUUGUACAGUAUCUGAGAACAACCUUGUGAAGCGUGCACAUACUAUCCUGUAAGCUUGCAAAAAAUAUCCUUGAAUUUUGUAUGAAUAACUAGCCUACACUAUCCAUUUACCGUGCUGUACUCAGGUUAUACAUUAGUUAUGCUGUUCAUUGUAUAUUCCAGUCUUGCAUUCUGUGUAUGAAGAAGAUCUACAUUAUAUGCCUUUUCUGUUUGUUUAAUUAACAGUAUGUGUAUAAUAGAUUAGUUUCUGUAAAUUAUCCUGUGGGACAAAAGAUUGAUGGAACCCUUAUUAAUCCUUUUGGUGCUACAAGCAGAUAAUGUUUGGGGUUCAAUCAAACAAAAGAAAAAACAAUUGUCCCAGAGAAGAAGAGGGGAAAAGAUGUCCAAAGUUGCCCCCAAACUUCUAUUCAUUAUUGUUCAAAGGAUCGGUACAAAUCACCUUCAGAUCAAAGAUUUCUUUAUGAUCUGCAUAAACUAUUGUGUCUAG